UCAGCUGUUUGUUUUACCUUAGUUGGUUUUAAUAUCCGGAACUUUAGUUCGUUUCGUUUGUUGUACCGCUACGACACAGUUCGGUGUCGGACUGUACACAAUGUGUGUGGUGUGAUGUGACAUCUUUGUUGGACUAUUUUCAUAUCAACAGCUUCGUUAACCCACGAAAUCAAAAGUUGUUUGUGUAGUUGAGUAAAUAGUCAAAUAUUAGCGCAUGAAGCUAACUGGUUUCCUAGACGCAGCUGACUGUGUGUUUAUUGAAGGUGAAGAGGACCAACACCACAUGACACCCAAGUGCACAGCCUCAUGGUGAUUGGAAUUACCUGCAGAUUUCUUGGCUGUCCAAGGUUCGGCGUUGUCAAACCCUCAGCCCAUCUUUUCACCUCCAGCAACAUGGCAAAGAGCAAAUUCGAGUAUGUCCGCAACUUUGAGACGGAUGACACGUGUCUCCGGAACUGCUACAUAGUCGUGAGACUGGAUGGUCGAAACUUCCACAGGUUUGCUGGGCAGCACAACUUUACAAAGCCCAAUGAUAACCGAGCCUUGGGCUUGAUGAGCAGGAGUGCACGCUCUGUGAUGGAGGAACUAGAGGACAUCACCAUAGCUUACGGUCAAAGUGAUGAGUUCAGCUUUGUUUUUAAGAGGACCUCCAACUGGUUCAAGAGGAGAGCCAGUAAGCUCAUGACCCACAUUUCCUCCCAGUUCUCCUCCUCAUAUGUGUUUUACUGGAAGGAAUUUUUCGAGGAUCAGCCCCUGCUGUAUCCCCCAAGCUUUGACGGACGUGUGGUCCUGUAUCCUACCAACCAUAACCUCAGAGACUACCUCAGCUGGAGGCAAGCAGACUGUCACAUAAAUAACUUGUACAACACCGCGUUUUGGACAUUAGUACAGAGGGGAGGGCUCAACACAACUCAGGCAGAGGAUCGUUUAAAGGGAACAGUAGCUGCAGAUAAAAAUGAGAUCCUGUUUUCAGAGUUUGACAUCAACUACAACAAUGAAUCUGCCGUCCACAGGAAAGGCACCACUCUCAUCUGGGAAAAGCGAGAAGAAACUGUCAUUAAACGCAUGAAGCCCCCAGGUGAAGAGGAGAAGGACGUGCCUGUGACCAGCAGCAGGAGGAAGGUGCAGGCCUACCACUGCGACAUUAUAGGAGACCAGUUCUGGGAGGAACACCCAGACGUCCUGGAAAACGACAGCUAACAGCUCCUCUCCUGCUGCAGGAGAACGACUCUGAGCUCAGCUCGGCCAGAAUGGUUGAAGUGGACCCAUAUGAUGUUCCCUAGAGGCUAAAAGAACGUUUUCUGAACCUGAAAGCUUUGAUGACAAACUUAGUACAGUGGCUGUUAAAAGUAAAUUAAACUUCUGUCAAAAUCCUCACUUGCCUAAAUUGCACCAUGUCUCUUGUGUUCAAAGGGAAACAGGUGAUUUCAAAAUUAUAUAUUGAGGACAUGACCAGCACAUCACAUCUGCCUCUCUCAGGCCUGGUCUAGUGUAUCCUCUAAGGUCACUUUCCAAAAAUAUAUUCUUAUUUGAUCUCAUGAAUGGCAUUUAGAAUACCACCAUUACUUGCUCUGGAAUGUUUAUAUGAUUCCUUUUGGCCCACUGUUUCUUCGAGGUUUUUUUUCAUCCCUGUGGGCGUUUUGAGUUUCAACACUCCCUGUUUAGUUCCCGGAGUUUGGAUUUUAAUGAUUCAGGAAGCCCAUCUGGAAAGUUUUCAAUAUUACUUCAACUUUAUUGUAAUCAGGAGCAAAUCUGAGGUAUAAAUAAACAGAGGAAAGCAGAAACUUGUGCCUCGGCAGAAACAAGUGGCCUUGUCUUACAGCCAGGACGCCAUUUGGAGAUGUGAAUGGAUUCAUAAGCCUGCACUCUCAUCUGUGCUAAGAAUACCUCACACACCCUGCGUACACUCUAUCCCUCUGACAUGUGCUUGGUGGCAUAUUUAUCGUGGCACUCACUCAGUGUGAAUGGCGACUGGAGACUUGAAGUGGUACUGUAUUUUGUUACUGUAGUAGGCUCAGUUACUGGCAGGUAUUGGAGCUGUAUUUUUGGUUCUCUGACCUUGUUAGAAUCAUAAUGCUACUGUACUUUAUGUAACUCGUGUUUUAUCAUUUGGAAUCAAAUUCAUUCAUAGAGUUCUGUCUGUUUUAAUAAGAAGUGUUUGUUAUACUCUCCACUCAUUAAAAUUUACAAAACACUUAUAA